ACUCUGAAGUGCGCUGGGGCAACGCUCCGGAGUGAGCGGAAAAGUCCCCGUGCUGCAGCUCGGCAAGGGGAUGGGUCAGAGCCCGGCAGCGCCGGGAGAACCAGAGCCGUGCCGAGCCCCGGGCGCGGCUGUGGCACUCGGGAACACGCGAUGGGAGCCGGAGGGGCUGCGCCGGCAGCGCGGUGACCGAGCCCGGGGCUCCGAGCCCGGCCGGGGGGCUCCGAGCCAGGCCGGGGGCCCUCUGCAGAAACAGAUGCGAGCGGCCCCGGUGCCGGCCCGUGCCGACACCCGUGAGCGGGGGAAUCGCGGCGGAGCGAUCUGCCCUGCCCUGCCCGGCCCUGCCCUGCCCUGCCCUGCCCUGCCCUGCCCUGCCCUGCCCUGCCCGCCGUUCGGCCCCGCCGGGGGUCCAGGCCCCGCGGUGCGGGGGUCACCGGUGGGCGCGGCGAAGGUUGCGGGGACACGGGUGUGCGACAGCCGACAGGACACCGCGGUGCAGACACCACUCCAUGGCCAUGCAACACGGGGGGACAGAGCCGGGACAGCCUCUGCGCUCACUCACCGGUGCUGGCUCAGGGCAGGGCAGGGCUGCCCGCCGCUCCCGCGCACCCCCGCCGCCAGCCGAGCCCCGCUCCGCUCCGCUCCGCUCCGGGCGCGCUGCCGCCGCGGGAGCGGCCGUUCCCCCGCGCCGUGACCGCCGGGGCUCCGUCCGCCCGCCCGCCCUCCCGGCCGGCUGCGCGGAGCGGAUGGGAUGAGAUGGGAUGGGAUGGGAGCGGCUGGGAGCGGGGCGGCCGCCGCAGGCCGGGCUGCGGGAGCGGGAGCGGUUGCCAGGACGCCGUCACCAUGGGAACGCGCUGCCGCCCUGGCGGGGGGAGCCCUUCGCAUCGCCCCCUCCUCGCAGCUAUUUCACGGCAGUGCCCGAUCCUGGGGAAGCAGGGAGGAGCCGGCAGGCCCCGCAAACCGCGGCGCUCCCUGCGGCACGGGGGGCGAGCGGCGGGGACGGAGCGGGGGCCGUGCUGCGCCUCCCGCGCCACCAGACGCCGGCCUCCAGACAGAAAGUUCGGCGGUGACGAACGGCCGUGACUCUGAGUUUCUGGUGGUGCAGAGGAGCCGAGAGUAUGACUGAAAGCAUGGGUUUUUCCAGAGUGUAUAUCAAAUCCUGUCAGAACACAUUGUUAAAAUGAAUGAAAAAUAU